CGCCAGUCUACUAUACACCAUAAAAUCCAACAAUGAUUUCCUAGUCAGCCUCGCAGAUUGCAAUUCGCAAUGAUCUAUAUAGCCAACCACGGAGCUUGUCUUCAGAUAGACAAGCAACAACUUCGGCCACUUCACGACGCGUCAACAUGACCAUGGGCGACAAUGGACUGCAGCAAAGCAGAUGGGCUACGUCGGGUGGCAGCUUUGGGUAUUUGAACCAGCGUCCGGAAGACUGGAAUUGUAGAUCGUGUGGUUUCUCCAACUUCCAGUGGCGUACCAGCUGCUUUCGAUGCUCUACAAAACCGGAUAAUACUAGCGCUCCGACCCAGAAGAAUGAGAUCUUCCAGCACACGACACUACCGAGUCUGCAGGUUCUAAGUUCCCAGAUUGAAGUUGAAGUGAUCCGCAACGAAGUAGUGCCAGCAACUGCUCAUGCCGGAUCUCUUUCAGUCCCGACUGGGCUUGCGGUUAGUAGAUGGGCGCCACGGAAUGCCACCAAAUGGCAGAGCAAUCCCAAUGAGAAAGUGUGGACAAGAACAGUUCAAAAACCUAUCCAAACCCCAAGUCGAUCCCAGACACCUCCACCAAAACCCUCGGACCUAGGGCUCCCAUAUCAAGUCCAGCACUACAUCCUUGUUAUGAUUCAGAGAAUGCUGGAGGAGAGCUGCUUUGAGUUCGCAACGAGGUGGAUACCGGAGGCACUACACGUGAAAGGAUGGGACUGUGCUGAGGCCGUGGAAUUAUCAGUCUGGAAAGCAUUCCUCCCAACAAUCCUACCUUCGAAUUCAAUAAGACCAAUGUCAAACUAUACACUAGAAGCAGCUCUAGGGGACGCUGUGCGGAUCAGGAAUUCGGCAGUACAUCGGCACUUGUGUGAUAACGAUGAGAUACGAAAGAUGUCUCUCCAAGCUCAGGACCUGAUGGCGAUGUUCUCGGAUAGUUCUCGACAAGACAAGUUCCAUCGUCUAUGGCUAGAGCUAAAGGAAUGGGAUACUACAAGCAUAAGCGAUGCCCACGGCGCGAGGGUCAGACUAGAGAUAGCUCUCAGAGAGAUUAGUGAACGACCUGUAGAUGGUAUGGAUUGGACACCCAAUGCCAUGUCUCUCGAACAAGUCACAAGCGAUCUAGUUGGCCAAGAUCGUUCAGGAUACACAGACGAAAUGGAAUUAGAUUGAGCUGUGCAACCGAAGUAUACAUUCGUCAAUUUGACCAUCUAACUUCCUCUGUAUGUCGUAAAGCUGUAUGGACCGAGCAGGAGAGGUACAUGGAAAUGUUCGCCUUUGACAACCAGAAAAGAGAGUUCGACAAUCUACGAAGAUGUCAGGAUUUCGAUUCUAAAGAGCAAUCACAAAGAGGGAAAACAACUGACAGGAAAGAAGGUUUUUCCAACCCCAUAAUGCGCCCCAGUAUCAAACCGUAAUUUCCAAAGACUUGAUCCAGGGGGUCCUAUUCUAAUUAAUCACCGUUUGUCACAAUCAAACCAAUCUCCUGAUCCCAAAUCAAAAUCAAAACUCACCUCUAGCACCCAGCUCCUCCACCAGAGCAGCCUCCUCAAUGAUCGCCCCCAACGCGCCUAACACACCUCCCUUAUUCACUACAUACUCUCCCUCCUUCCCAUUCUCACCCUGCGUAUUCGCCCACGCUGCUAUCCUUCCAUCGGCAUUAGUUGUGCCGACAAAUUCGAUCUCAGGGAGAGAGACGCAAGAGAGCUUGACAGAGAGGUUGGCUGCGGGCCGGCCAGUUGUAGUGUCGAGGACGUGGCAAGUUAUAGGGGGGCGAGUGGUUGUGGUAGUAGGGUUGCUCAUUUUGCAAGUGGAGGUAUUCGAUGGUUGGAGGAGUUGUGAGGAGAGAACAGAAAGGCGGUUGUAUGGAGAGGAGGAGGCUGUUGAUCUCGAUGGAGGGGCAGGUUUUGUACUCGAGCUAUUAACGUGGUGGUAAUUGUUCGUCGGCGUUUGAUGCGCAGAGAUUGAGGUCAAGAGCGCGAAAAACAGCUAUAACACUAAUCAAUUGAUAUAGAGGAUGUGUACAUAAAUGCGAAGAAGUAGAAAUCUUUAUC